GGUUUGAUUGUUUGCGUUGGUCACUUGUCAAUCCGGUAAAUUUUUUAUUUUACUAACAUCGUAAGACACGAAAAAAAGGCAUCGAAAUAGUUUAUACCAUUUUAAAAUACCCGUGGAGUUGCAAAAAAAUGGCGGGGCUCAAUGUUGCCCCAAAGCGAAAAGAAAUCUACAAGUAUGAAGCACCAUGGACUCUUUACAGUAUGAAUUGGUCGGUUCGACCGGAUAAGAGGUUCAGAUUGGCGAUUGGAAGUUUUGUGGAAGAGUACAACAACAAGGUCCAAGUCAUCUCUUUGGAUGAGGAUUCCGCAGAAUUCAGUGCCAAAAGUACAUUUGACCAUCCAUAUCCCACCACCAAAAUUAUGUGGAUUCCUGAUGCUAAAGGAGUCUUUCCUGAUCUAUUGGCAACCAGUGGAGAUUACCUACGCAUAUGGAAAGCAGGAGAGCCAGACACCAGACUUGAAUGUCUCCUUAAUAAUAACAAAAACUCAGAUUUUUGUGCACCCCUCACAAGUUUUGAUUGGAAUGAAGUCGAGCCUAACUUGAUUGGAACUUCAAGCAUUGAUACAACAUGUACAAUAUGGGGUCUUGAAACUGGACAGGUUGUUGGCAGAGUUGGGGGCACGGGUAACUGUGUGUCUGGGCAUGUGAAAACUCAGUUAAUUGCUCAUGACAAAGAGGUGUAUGAUAUAGCAUUCAGUAGGGCUGGAGGGGGCAGAGAUAGGUUUGCAUCUGUUGGUGCCGACGGUUCCGUAAGAAUGUUUGAUCUGAGACAUCUAGAGCAUUCUACAAUCAUCUAUGAAGAUCCACAGCAUCGUCCACUUUUGAGACUGGCAUGGAAUAGACAGGAUCCUUCUUAUUUAGCAACUAUUUCCAUGGACGCCUGCGAAGUGGUGAUACUGGAUGUUAGAGUACCGUGUACUCCCGUCGCUCGUUUGAGCAACCACAGAGCGUGUGUAAAUGGCAUUGCAUGGGCUCCACAUUCUUCCUGCCACAUAUGCACAGCCGGUGAUGAUCACCAAGCAUUAAUAUGGGAUAUCCAACAAAUGCCACGAGCUAUUGAAGAUCCAAUACUUGCCUACACAGCAGCCGAAGGUGAAAUCAACCAAAUUCAGUGGGGAGCCACACAACCCGAUUGGAUUGCUAUAUGCUAUAAUCGUUCCUUGGAAAUUCUGCGAGUUUAGCUCUUUACCACGUGUAGAUCCAAACUCGGUAUGACAAAGGUUGUAUGACUUUCUAUCAGGUUUCAUUUCUACUAAAUCGUUUUAAAUCGUUCGUAUCUUAUUGUGGUUCGAGUCGUGAAAUAUUAUUAUGCGGAUGUGUAAUCAUAGAGAAAUUUUUCUGAUAUUCAUGAAUGAUUACGAAUUUUCUGUAAUGUUGCAAAAAUGAAAAUAUGUGACUAGAUCUGAA